GGGUUGCAAUUCAGCCGGUUCCGAGGGCUGUGUCAGACUGCUUCGUAGCCAUGGCGUCCUAUUUUGAUGAACAUGAUUGCGAGCCGGUCGACCCUCGGCCGGAGACUCGAACCAACAUGUUGUUGGAGCUGGCAAGGUCACUUUUCAAUAGGAUGGACUUUGGAGAUUUGGGAUUGGUGGUAGAUUGGGACCAUCACUUACCUCCACCAGCUGCCAAGGCUGUGGUGGAGAACCUCCCUAGGACAAUCAUCAACAGCUCCCAGGCUGAAGAGCUCAAGUGCCCGGUGUGUCUUUUGGAAUUUGAGGAGGAGGAGACUGUUGUUGAGAUGCCUUGCCAUCACCUCUUCCAUUCCAGCUGCAUUCUUCCCUGGCUAAGCAAGACAAAUUCCUGUCCACUGUGCCGCCAUGAGCUACCUACUGAUGAUGACUCUUAUGAGGAGCACAGACGAGAUAAGGCUCGAAAGCAGCAGCAGCAGCACCGACUAGAGAACCUCCAUGGGGCCAUGUAUACAUGAGACAGCUAGGACUGAGCACUUGCCCUCUAAACAACUUCCUCCUGCACUUUGAAUUCUCAUUAAAGGUUUCUUUAUCCAC